UAGAGAAAACCGAGCGAGAUACAGCGAUGGUCGAACGUCAAAAACCCUCGCCAUGUUGUACGGGAGCGUCGGUUUGUUGACAACACGGCAUCAAAACAACACAAUUCUCUGGCCCGGACGCUGCGGCUCGGUUUUCGGCAAUGAAUCCUUCGCAAAAAAUCGCUCUUUCCGGCCUGGAAGAGGUUAACGUGCCCGGUCCAGUGUUUCUGAAAGCGGCCCUUUCCGAGUGUGAUGAUCCGCUGAAAGCAAUCGAAACAUUCCAGGUGGAGAAUGGCAUCCUGCUGCCAUCGUUGCGCCCGAUGCUCCCGCUGCUCGAUCUGCACGGUGUGCGCCGGCUGGACUUUCACACGUCCGUGCUGGAGGAGCUGCGCGACAAGCUGAUCGCACACAUCAACGAGCUGGGCGCCAAGGAGGGUCGGCAGCGGGACGCGAAGCUGAAAGAGCUGCUGGUCAAAAGUUUCCCCGUCGUGCGGGUCAAAGCACUGCGCCCGGUCGUGAUGUGCAUCCUGCGCAACACGCCGCACAUCGAGGACAAGUACCUGCGGAUACUGGUGCGCGACCGGGAGCUAUACCAGGACACCGACACGGAGGUGAAGCGACAGAUCUGGCGCGACAACCAGUCCCUGUUCGGGGACGAAGUGUCACCGCUGCUGUCGCAGUACAUCCGCGAAAAGGAGCACAUCCUGUUCGAUCACCUCAAUCUGAACAAUCUGUUCUUCACGCCGACGCCGAAGGUGCGCCGGCAGGGCGAGGUGGUCCAAAAGCUGGCCCACAUGAUCGGCAACAGCGUGAAGCUGUACGACAUGGUGCUGCAGUUCCUGCGGACCCUGUUCCUGCGCACCCGCAACGUGCACUACUGCACGCUGCGGGCGGAGCUGCUGAUGGCGCUGCACGAUCUCGAGGUGCAGGACAUUAUCUCGGUGGACCCGUGCCACAAGUUCACCUGGUGCCUGGACGCGUGCAUCCGCGAGAAGAACGUCGACAUGAAGCGGUCGCGCGAGCUGCAGGGUUUCCUCGACAACAUCAAGCGCGGGCAGGAGCAGGUGCUGGGCGACCUGUCGAUGACGCUGUGCGAUCCGUACGCGAUCAACUUCCUGGCGACGUCGGCCAUCAAAAUCCUGCAGCAUCUGAUCAACAACGAGGGCAUGCCGAGGGAAAACCUCAUCCUCGUGCUGUUGCUGCGCAUGCUGGCGCUCGGGCUGUCCGCUUGGGUGAUGAUCGACUCGCAGGACUUCAAGGAACCGAAGCUCGACAGCCAGGUGGUGACGAAGUUCCUGCCCGCCCUGAUGUCGCUCAUGGUGGACGACCAGGUGCGCCAUCUGCACUCCAAGCUGCCGCCGGACGAGCGCGAAAGUGCCAUCACGACGAUCGAACACUCUGGCCCCGCACCGGACGCGGUCGAGGCGUACAUCCAGGAAAACGCGGUCGCCUCCAUACUGGCCAUGUACUACACGCUGCACACCGCCCGGCAAAAGGAUCGCGUCGGGAUUUUGCGCGUGAUGGCCAUACUGGCGUCCUGCAAGGACGACCGCGCGUACGAGGACCCAUUCCUGCACUCGCUCAUCGCACUCAUCAUACCGAUGUCGGACGAGUUCGCGAACGAAGACUUCUGUACCGGGCUGUUCGAUGAGUUUCUGUUCGCCGGGCUGACGCGCGACAACGUGACGCGCCACAUGCUCAAGCUGCUCUGGUACAUCCACCAGAAGCUGCCGCAGGCGCGGCUCAUGACGCUGAUGAAAGCGCUGCAACCGACGGCCCAGCAUCACGAGAGCGUCCACAAGCUGUACGAAAAUUUGCAGAAGCGCGUCGGCACGCUCACGCAGGAAGCGCCCGCCGAGCCGAUGGAGACGGAUUUUGACUCGCCGCUGAAAAGUGUCCCCACGCCGGGACCACAUUACGUUAGCUAAGUAGGGAUUUUUGAUUGGCGGAGAUGAUGGGAAGAGUAGGGAAUAAAAUAAGAACUUACAAGACAGUGUAUGCAUUAUCCAUUCA